AACCAUAACUGAACUUUCCCGCCUAAAAUAACAGCCUCUAACCGCCGUUACUUAACUAACUGAACUCACGCUCUUCAUCAUUUUUUCACGAACAGUGAAAAAUGGCUUCCUUUCUCUUCCUUUCUCUCCUCUUUUCCUUCCUCCACUUCACCUCUUCCAUCCCUUCUAUCGGAAUCACCUAUUCCUCCACCGUCUCUCCUCCACCGCCGCCUUUGCCGGCCAAGGUUUCAUCCCUCAUCUCCGCCCUCAAGAUCACCAGUGUCCGCCUGCCCGACCCCGACCCUUCUCUCAUCAAAGCCUUUGCACCCACCAACACUUCCCUUUUCCUCUCCAUCUCAAACUCUCACCUCCCGGCUCUCGCCUCCAACGGCUCCGUCGCACUCAGCUGGCUCCGCCGUCACGUCCUCCCUCUUUACCCUCGUUCCAAAAUCUCCCUCAUCUCCGUAGGCAACACCGUGCUCGAUUCCACCACCAUACAAGAUUUCUCCCCUUUCCUUCUUCCGGCAACGAGAAACCUCCACCAUGCACUUCAAGAGCUAGGCAUCAAUAAAAUCCAAAUCUCCGCCACAUUCUCUUUCUUCUCCACAAUCACCACCGCUUUCCCACCCUCCUCCGCCGUGUUCCAACAACCAGCCGGUGACCUCAUCAUAAAACCCUUGCUCCAAUUCUUGGAACAAACGAAUUCCUCUUUCCUCAUCAACAUUUAUCCCUACAACCUUUUUCGCCUCAACAGCGAAAUCCCAAUCGGGUUUGCUUUAUUCCAAGACAACCCUUUCAACUUCCGAGACGAUCCCGUCACUGGGAUAAGGUACUUCAACCUGUUUGCAAUGAUGGCAGAUGCCGUGUUGACAGCUAUGGCAGCGAUGGGGUACCAGAAUAUCCCGGUGGUCGUGGCGGAAACGGGGUGGCCGAGCGGGGGAAGCCAAGCGGAGGAGGUUGAAUCAAAUGGGGUUUAUGCAGAGAUGUAUUUGAAGGGUUUGGUCAGGCAUUUGAAGUCAGGAGCUGCAACACCAUUGAAGAAAGAUGGGGUGGCCGAGGUUUAUGUAUAUGAGUUGAUGGAUCAUAGCGGAGGGGACAAUGAAAGAGGGAGGAAAUGGGGUAUUUUAACAGAGAAUAUGACAAUGAAAUAUAAUGUGGAGUUCUCAAGUGGGGCUAAGAAUUCUGGGAUUUGCUUGGUGGCCAUUUGGUUUACAAAUUGGCUGCUUAUCACUUCAAUGAAUCUGAUUUUAGGGUUCGUUGGGAUUCAAGGAUGAUUUGCAUAUUGACAAUGGCAUCCCCUGGAUGAUUUUAUGAUGGUCUCAUUUAGCUUAUAGGGUUGAAGUCUAUGGUUUUCUCUGGGGUGCCUUUGAUGCAUGGUUUUGAGGCUAAUUAAAUCUUGUAGCAAUUCAGUGGAUAUGAGUGAUAUGAUCUGUUAGGGAUUUAGAUCAUCAACUUGAUGAUGAUAUAUACUUGAACCUAAACUAAAGUUCAGAUUAA